AGCGAUGCCACCACAACCGGCAGAUCUGCAGGUCUCCCAGCAAAAGAGCCCCCGUGCCUGAGGAUGGAAGGCACUCCAGACCCUUAGCAAAAAGCACCACAGCAGUCAAAUCAAGAAAGGUGACUCCCAUGUGGUUUCGUUAUUUGAAUGCUGGUUUUAACUGCGUCAAUCAGCGCAUUUAAAAACCACAGACACAGCCCGAGGAGAUUAACACGCUACAGGGCUGCAAGAGCAGUCACCCAGACAGCAGACCUUUGCAGGCUAAUGCUCAGAAGACCCCACGGACCACUAGGACGGGUUCUUGAUCUCUCCUAGCAGCAAAGCUAACUUGCACAAGAAGUUUACGAUGUCAAGCAAUGCUUCACAAUGCUAUAUCAGUAAAGAAAUGGAACCUUUUACCUAUUUUUACUACUUGAUUUUUCUUAUGGGAUUCAUUGGAAGCUGUUUUGCACUAUGGGCAUUCACACAAAAAGAUCAGAAACAGAAGUGUAUGAGCAUCUACUUAAUUAACCUCUUAACAGCAGAUUUUUUGUUGACUUUGGCAUUGCCAGUAAAGAUUAUUGUUGACCUAGGAGUUGCGUCCUGGAGACUGAGAAUAUUCCACUGUCAAGUUACAGCCUGCUUCAUCUACCUGAACAUGUAUUUAUCUAUUAUUUUUUGGGGGUUCGUAAGCAUCGAUCGUUGCCUUCAGCUAAUGCACAGCUGUAAGAUCUACCGCAUUCAAGAGCCCGGAUUUGCCAAGAUGUUGUCUGCAGUCGUAUGGGCAAUGGUUCUCCUUAUAACAGUGCCCAAUAUGGCUAUUCCCAUCAAAACCAUUGAAGAAAGACCCGGUGCAGGAUGCAUCGAUUUCAAAACAAAAUUUGGCAGAGACUGGCACGUGUUCACUAAUUUCAUCUGCACAGCAAUAUUCCUGAAUUUUUCAGCUGUGAUUCUGAUUUCCAAUUUCCUUGUUGUUAGACAACUCUACCGAAACAAAUACAGCGAGAGUUACACCAGUGUGAAGAAAGCCCUCACCAGCAUAUUGCUGGUAACCGCAGGCUACCUGCUGUGUUUCGUUCCAUACCACAUCGUCCGUAUUCCCUACACUUUGAGCCAAAGCGACGCCAUAACCAGCUGCUCUCUCAAGCAAGUUCUCUUUAAAGCUAAAGAAUCUACAAUGCUGUUUGCAGUAUCGAGUCUUUGCUUUGACCCCAUUCUCUAUUACCAUCUUUCCAAAUCAUUCCGACUGAAAUUCACUGAGACUUUCGCACCACCCAAGGAGGGAGAUGUUUCUACAGAAGAAAGAUAUCACCCAACUGGCCAGCAGAUGCAAAAGUACUGACUCUAAAAUCCAUCAGAAGAGCGUGCAUUCGCAGCAGGAACAGCGUUGUGCGACGGCGAGCACGGCUACCACAGUCAACAUUCCUGCUGAAUGAAACCCAGCAGAAGGAAAAACACUGAACACCACCAUCCGCUUUGUUCUCUAUUCACACGGUAGGUCUGAACCGGCGGAACAUUCAAUAAUGCCUUUCAGCAACAGUUUGAUGUAGCAGCGAUGACCUGCCAAGGGUCAGCAACAUUCAGGAAUACAACACAGCCAGACAGACUCAAACAUACCCUAUAGUUAUUUAUGGCAAACACCCGAACUCACCUUCUCCAAGUAUUAUAUACUUACUAUAUUGAGUGACUUGGUGCAAUCAAGUGAACAGAUUAUUUAAUAACAGUUCAUAAGCUGCAAAAGUUUUCACAGAUGCAAUUAACCCAGGGCAUUUUAGAAGGCGUUAUAUACUCCAGAAAGUGAUUUUAAGCUGCACCGAAUAAAAAUUAAUGUAUCUGCUUACAUCACACCUGCAGUCCUUACAAAUAAAGA